UUUACGAGAUUUCCAAAAAGAUAAUUUCUGCGGAUUUUUUGCCCACAAAACUCCUGAUUUCUCGCUUAUUUUCGUGCAGAUGAUCAAUUGCUUAGAAUCGAAACAAUGGCACGAUUCCGAAGAUUAUUAAAAACCUAAUGGAUGUGCUUGAUUUGGUGAAAUUGGCGUUGGUGGCCCGAUUGUUGAUCAUAGGAACCCAAGCUCUGGGAUCGACAGCUGCUGUUGACUCUGAACUGCUGGACUCUGCCAAGGGGUCAGAACGCCUUCCUUGUUUUGACUGGGAAGGGAAGCUGAUUGAGGAUGGCAAGCAGUAUAUCCCUGAGAAGCAGGACCCGUGUAUGAAAUGUACGUGUUCAGAAGGCAAGCGCACGUUGUGUGCAGCUGUGCGCUGCUCACCACCAACAUGUCCAAUGUGGGAGCAGCUGAGUGGUGAAUGCUGUCAGUUUCAUUGCAUCAAUCUUCCUCAGGAGCCAGGCAUGAAUAACAAGAAUAGCACAACCUUCAUCCGGGAUCCUCCUGGGAAUGCUCCCCCUUCAAAUGCUAAUGAUGACACGACAAACCUGGGCUUACGUCUCGUCGCCAGCACUGUCACCUCCUUCUUGAUUCUCGCUCUCCUUCUGUUUAUGAUCCAUAGAUUACGAAGGCGCAGGAUGCUACUCAUGAUGAGAAGACUGAGUUCAAAUAACCGGCGAGAGAAUGGUUCUGAUGUUGUCGCUGCUGCCUACGUGUCUGAAUAUGAUGAUAUCAACAUCGGUGUGGAGAUACCUCCGUAUGAAGAUCCUCCUCCUCCAUAUUCUCCUCCACGUCCUCCAAGGAAUCUGCCCAUGGAGGCUCCCCCUCCAUAUGAUACCAUGCCACGAGCAAGUCCUGGUGAUGUGAGUGAGGUUGGCUUCAGGAAUGUGCAGAGUCAGACCCAGGACACGAUGAUGCGGACGAGUGUGUCACACAUGCGUAUCCUAGAUCAUGGCAAUUCUCUGAAUGAUAACGCUCAUCUCGGCCAGGUUGAUAAUAAUAAUGUCCACGGCGCUCAUGAUAUGAAUCAGAACCCCAUUGCGGACUUUAACCAGAAUCGUAUUACCAAUAUCAACACUACAAAUGGUGCUACUCCCCGAUCACAAUUGGUACGUCUUCCAGAGACUGGCAUGAAUGUUGAGUUUGAGAGACUUCGUCGCACAUCGGCGCCAAGGUCCCACCGUGACGAACAUAACUACGAAAAUCUUGACAUUCUGAGAGGCAUUCAGGAACCGAUGUAUGAGAAUGUGGAGACGAUGCGGCACAGUUUGCUGCCUGAUGAUAUCGACCAUGACCGGAGUCAUCGUGAACGUCACAGCUGUUACAUUGAUCGUGACCGUGGACGUGUUUUAUACGAACGGACACGGGCAUCUAGUAGUGAUACGGAGAGUAAUCAUAGUCGGCGAGGUGGCUAUGAAACACUUGACAAUCCCAUGUCCACAGAUAGUUCACGAGCUUCUUCCACGCAUCACUCAUUUUGUUUCCCUAGAAGUGCGGAUGUUUCUCCUAAUCUUAAAAGUGCAGACAUUUCUCCUCAUCCUAGUGCAGGUGAUGGUAUCGAGGAUGGGCAUGAGGUCACCAGGAGAAGACCUGGAGAUCCACGCACGUCCUUCCUGAAGAAGUCGGGUGAGAUGGAGGUGCGUCGGUUACGUGAUAGUCCUCGCAACUCAUUCUGUCUGGAUGAUAAUAUCGACCUCGAUGAAGUGGACCUCCGGCCGAUGAAUACUUCCAUCUCUUCAACUCUUCCUGCUGACAGGAGAUCUGAUCGCCACUCUGAUUCAUUGGAUUGCGGUCAUCGCCGGCCAUGUUAUCAGUCUGGUUCAAGGUCGUCAAAGAUCGUACUCGAGGACAGUGAGGAUAGAAAGAUUGUGUGUUAUAGUCAAGAUGGAGCUACGGCUGUUUCUGAGAGAGCAGUGCAGACUGAGUGUGAGCCAGUUUUCCCUGAGGACACAAAGCACCAUUAUCUAACUGUACCAGCCAAGGUGGCCACACCUAAAGUGGAGACUCCAAAACAAACAUGUGCACCACAACGUUUUAGAAUCUCCAAGUUCUUAGAUGCACUGCCGAGUAAUCACCGGCAUUCUACUUAUGCAGCCCAACCUCCUCUUUCUAAUCAAAAUGGUUCGCCAGGGUUGCAUCGGCGCAGUCUGCCUCCCAUGAGUCUCAGCUUGGGUUUGCCGGAGACACCGCCAUGUGCCGGCUACCAGCCUGAGCCGUAUCGCACAGAACAUCACAACUCCAUGAAGAAAGAUGACCAACCAGAACAUGGCUAUAAUUAUCAAAAUAAACUAACUCGCUUAAGACCUGACCAACCAUUCUCACCUGAUGUGUAUCCUGGGGCGACUCACUUUUCAUCACCAUUGACUCCAGUGCAGAGUAGCACAUGCAAUAGUCCGAAUCGUUACUCUCGUGGUGAAACUCCCACUCGUUCUCCGAUCACACCUGGUACGCCGCUACAUCCACUCCAAAGAUCCGGGUCAUUGUUGUCACAGGCCUCAUUCCUGUCCGUCUGUUCUGAGACGGGCGAGCAGCGCAAACGUAAGCACCCCACUCGUCAUCAUGGUUCAUUGUCACCGACUGGUUCACGCAACUCGCUACUCGCUUGUUCUCGCGGUAAUCCAAGGAAAUAUCCGAGUAUGGGGUCAGUCUUGCCACCCCCGCUGUUAUGUCAGUGUGAUGAAGAAUCAGUGGAGAAUUUCCAGAACUGUCGCUUGCAUCAUUCAGAUCGGCAUAAAGGUGAGAGUAGCUACAGUGUGCAUUCUUGUCCUGAGGAACUGCCAAAGGAAGAGAUUCUCCCCACGAGUGCUCAUGGUUACGGAGGUGCACGGCCAAAACUUUCACAUAAUCACCGAGAUAAUCAGCCAAGACAGCAUGGCAGGAUUGAAGGCUCUCCACGAAGCCCAGAAAAUUUGAAUCGAAGAUUGUCACGAUCGCCUGAUGGCCUCGUUGACAAUGCCGUCAAAUGUGAAUUAGAUGUCAUGGAUGACAACGGAAACCCGGCACUACCUGAAGAUAACCUGAGGCCGAGUGACAGUCCGGACCGGUACAGGAAAGUACGCAAGCGAGACAUGCUAGUUGAUCCGAGCACCAAGUUCAAACAGUAUGGUUUCAUCGACAGCCCAGAACUGUUUUCAGCCAAAGAACCGCACUCUGCUCCUCUCAGUGUAGGCUUCAUUCCUGAUAUUGGUAAACAGACCAAGAGUAAAUCAACUGGUAGUGUUGCUGCCAAGUUGAGUGAUCAUGAGGGUCAUGGGCCGUCUGUAGACCACGCUAGAUCGGACCCGAAAGAUAGUCAUGAGAGAUCUCACUCAGCUGAACGCGCACCGGUCCGCUGGGUCCCUGGGCUCAACAGGAGACCAAUGUCAUUGGCCGAACCUGGGCGCCAGGGUGGCGUAUCUGGCGUCAGCUGCCGAAGGACGCGACGCAACUCUUACAGACGGCGGUCCACUCGCAGGAAAUCUCGCCAAUCUGUUUCAUUUGAUCAACCUGACUCUAUAGCGCACAAUCGAGAUUCUAAUAACCCGAUAUCAAGCCGGCGGUCGAGAAGCUUAGAAAGGAAAGGCAGCCCUGCUUCAAAACGAGAGGAUUCUCCUGCUACCAUGGUCAUACGUCCAGGUGGCGACCCUGGCAAUGGCAGCAGUGAACGAGAUGGAGUGGGUGACAGUAUCAUUUGAUUCUCAUGACUGGUUAUCACUUAUCUCAGGUGACUGUUUACAAAGGGGCCAUUUGGGUGGGUUUUGUUGUGAACCUCGAUGGUUUCUUUGUUUUGUUGGCUCUUAAAAGAACGUUUGGGUUCAUAGUACUGUACAUGGGGCAACUUAGUAUUUCACCUAAGAAGUCCCAACCUCAUAUACCGGGCUUUUCAGUAUUCUCUCUCUAUUAUAUACGAGAUACCAGUGAAUAAGGCCUGAAUAAGACGAUGAAUGAGUGAACUGCAGUCAUGGCUUAGUGAGGUCUGACCAAAAUGGGAGUUAUUAUUGUGUUGGUCAACAUUUUGUGUGCAAUGUAUUUUAAGGUGUCUAGUUUCGGCUUUUCCGAGACAACUUUGUGAGGUUUGAUUGGUCAGCAUGGAAAGUCCUCUGAUUGGUCUUGUACAUGACUCUCCGAUUCCUAUCACAACGUGUAUGGUAAGAUAAACCUCCGCUACUGAUAGGCUACAUGGUUCCGUUACUUAUGUUACUGGUAUGGCUAUAGUGGUCAUCAGCUAGGCUACAUGGUUCCGUUACUUAUGUUACUGGUAUGGCUAUAGUAGUCAUCAGCUAGGCUACAUGGUUCCGUUACUUAUGUUACUGGUAUGGCUAUAGUAGUCAUCAGCUAGGCUACAUGGUUCCGUUACUUAUGUUACUGGUAUGGCUAUAGUAGUCAUCAGCUAGGCUACAUGGUUCCGUUACUUAUGUUACUGGUAUGGCUAUAGUAGUCAUCAGCUAGGCUACAUGGUUCCGUUACUUAUGUUACUGGUAUGGCUAUAGUGGUCAUCAGCUAGGCUACAUGGUUCCGUUACUUAUGUUACUGGUAUGGCUAUAGUAGUCAUCAGCUAGGCUACAUGGUUCCGUUACUUAAGUUACUGGUAUGGCUAUAGUAGUCAUCAGCUAGGCUACAUGGUUCCGUUACUUAUGUUACUGGUAUGGCUAUAGUAGUCAUCAGCUAGGCUACAUGGUUCCGUUACUUAUGUUACUGGUAUGGCUAUAGUAGUCAUCAGCUAGGCUACAUGGUUCCGUUACUUAUGUUACUGGUAUGGCUAUAGUAGUCAUCAGCUAGGCUACAUGGUUCCGUUACUUAUGUUACUGGUAUGGCUAUAGUAGUCAUCAGCUAGGCUACAUGUGCAAUACAGCUGCUUUUACAUGCUGUGUCUUACUCCAAUAAGCAAUAUUUAUCAGAAUCCAUGAUAGUCAGCUACUCAAUCCUGGCAGUUUCUUGGCUGGAGUGAAUAUUCUACUGCCAAUCAUCUGGUCAUCUUUGCAAGGUGGCUGCUAAGAAAUGCUGCUGACACCCGAGAGGUGCCAGAUAUGAGUGUUAACUGUUGAGCCAUAUGAUCAUCAUUACAUAUGACUUUAGUAUAAGACAGUUGUUUACCGUGACAGUUGUCCAGUUUACAGCAAGCUUUCUUGUACAAUCAAGUGUAUGCAUUGUACGUAUGUAUCUCAAAUUUUAUAACCAGCUUAGGUUACACAUAAUAAGAUGAAGUUAUGGUUUGUAGGGGUGUAAGUUACAUGUAGAUAAUGGCCCAAUUUUGACAAACUCUUUAGUCGAUGUUGAGAUCAAAAACUGGCUUGCUUAAAGGGAAUUCCGAGCAAGACAAAGUUUAUCUUUCCUGCUGUAGAUUUGUACUAUCUACUUGAUGGCAGAACGAAGUGAGUAGAGGUUUUGCUGAUUGGUCGAGGGAAUUUCAAAAUGGCAGCCAUGACUGAUCUACUCCUUUGGUGCUGCCAUCUAGUAGUUAGAUCGCUUACCAAUCUAAUGUGUAGUUUUGGUGUCAAUAGCUCCACCUUGUGUACAUGUGUAUGAUGCGGAUUCUUCAAUGCUGAUACACCAAAUAUGCAUCUUGUGGUCUUCCAAAAGGGCUUCAUCAUCAUGUAUGACGAAACAUACAUGUAGAUGCGAGGUUUGUGUGAAAAUCCAAAGUGUUUGAAUGAAACACCUUGAACAAUGCAAACUCAGCAGUAGAUGUGUAGAGGGCCUAAUCAUGUGUCAUGUUUCAGCAGUAGAUGUGUGGAGGACCAAAUCAUGUGUCAUGUUUCAUUGAUGAUUAGGUCAUCAUGUGUUUGAUAUUGUCUGGUGGAAAAGAACUUAGAACUUAUAUGAUAGCUUUCUGUGGAUCAUAAUUAUAUACAAAUUGAGUUUAUUCUAACGAUCAGGGGCAUUGAGUUGGGUCCAUCCGUUUGUUUGGUUUGUGUUGUUGAUGUUGGGCCGGAAACUGGCUGCCAAUUGUUUAUUUCUGUUGAAAUCAUGGGUAUUUUGUUUUCCAUGAUGAGAGUGUGUAGAACUUCGAGCAGAGCUUUAUACUAUAUUUACUUUGGCAAAAACUGUCUCGGAAGUACAAUGUAAAGUCUUUAUUUUGUACAUAACAUAAAUAAGGUAUUUGUACAUAACUGAUCAUGUACUCUGAUCAUGUACUUGAAUGUGUGUGAAGUAUGAGGCAGAGCACUCCAGUCCCAGCCUGAAAGAUCAAUUCUCUGGAAGACAUGAUUGUCAAAAACACAAAAAAUGGUUCAAAUUCAUUCAAACUUUAUCCUGAAAACCAAUCGUAUGUACACUGAUGGAUAUUGUAAAUGAAGCAGGCCUCACAACUCUCUUAAUUGGGUUCUUGUUUAUAAUAGACAUUGAUAUUUGAGAUGGUACUUUCAUUGCCCUCUGACCAGCGAGGAACUUUACGAGUUAACCAUCACGAGAACCAGAAAAGCGUUUUUAUGGUCCGUGUCAGGCACUUGUGAUCGUCUCUCGAACGAGAAAAAAAGACAAUGAUUUGAAGUGAACAUUCUGGUUGUGUCUGCAUGUAUUUUUUACUUAAUGUAUAUAUCAAUAGGGAACAUAUUGUAGACUUGUCAGAUUUUUACCAUUGAAAUCAUUAUUUGGUCUGUAACAGACAUCACGUUUUAGAAUAAAUGCUCAUUGAUGGUGGA